GAUAAUGUGUGCCCAGCCUGUAACUAACACCAAAGAGGCCAGGUGGCAGAAGGUCUUGUAUGAGCGACAGCCUUUUCCUGAUAACUACGUGGAUCAGAGCUUCCUGGAAGAGCUCCGGAAGAACGUCUAUGCCCGGAAAUACCAAUAUUGGGCUGUGGUAUUUGAGUCCAGUGUGGUGAUACAGCAGCUGUGCAGUGUCUGUGUUUUUGUGGUUAUCUGGUGGUAUAUGGAUGAGGGUCUUCUGGCUCCCCAUUGGCUUUUUGGGACCGGCCUGGCUUCUUCACUGAUUGGCUAUGUUUUGUUUGAUCUCAUUGAUGGAGGUGAAGGACGGAAGAAGAGUGGGCGGACCCGGUGGGCUGACUUGAAGAGUGCCCUAGUCUUCAUACCUCUCACGUAUGGCUUUUCGCCAGUGCUGAAGACGACAGAGUCCGUCAGCACUGACACCAUCUAUGCCAUGUCAGUCUUCAUGCUGUUAGGCCACCUCAUCUUCUUUGACUAUGGUGCCAAUGCUGCCAUUGUAUCCAGCACACUGUCCUUGAACAUGGCCAUCUUUGCUUCUGUCUGCCUUGCCUCACGCCUGCCCCGGUCCCUACAUGCCUUCGUCAUGGUGACAUUUGCCAUCCAGAUUUUUGUCCUAUGGCCCAUGUUACAGAAGAAACUGAAGGCAUGUACUCCCCGCAGCUAUGUGGGAGUCACACUGCUUUUUGCAUUUUCAGCCUUGGGAGGCCUGCUGUCCAUUAGUGCUGUGGGAGCCAUACUCUUUGCCCUUCUGCUGGUUUCCAUCUCACGUCUCUGCCCUUUCUACCUCAUUCGCCUGCAGCUUUUUAAAGAAAACAUUCAUGGGCCUUGGGAUGAGGCUGAAAUCAAAGAAGACUUGUCGAGGUUCCUCAGCUGA